AUGACGCUCAUGACUGGGGAUGCAGUAGAAUCCAAUCUUCACCUAUUAAUUGACCAAGUUAAAUGGGUUGAUUGGAACUUCCCUAUCUCAAACUCUUUCCAGUUCUGUCCUAGAAAUCGUCACUAUAAAGCAUACAUUGUUCCUGUGAAAGCCUCGUCCCAGCAUCUCUAUCCAAAAGGCAGUAGCAAAAAAUCCUCUUCUCACUUUCUCGUUCACCAUGGUACCGAGCAAUCUCUGCAAGCACAACAUGUGUUGAGACGUACCCUCUCGAAGCUUGCACCCCGUAAACUUGCCAAAGUUCAAGGGGGAGACAAAGCUGCUAAGGCUGGAACAGAUUCUGCUAAGGCUGGAACAGAUUCUGCAGAAGAGGAACAUGAAGUGGAAGAGGAGGCGUGGAUGAAGGGCAAGACAGCUGAGCUAGCUGCUGUUGAAAUCAGCAGCCUUGACAAAGGAAAAGGGGUAGUCGAAUGGUCUGCAAAGCGGAAGAAGUCUCGGAGUAUGGAUCACGUUCAGGAAGGAUUAAGGCUGGAAAAGGAAGGUAAAAGCCUUAUUCGUGACUUUACCUUGGUCCUGAAGGGAAACGAGGCAAGUUCCUCUUGCAAGCGAGUCAACAGGGUUCUAUUCGUACCUUCGGAGGAUGAGGAAGUCGAUCCAUCUGAAUAUGCAUCAUCUCCAGAGUACACCUACUAG